UGCACUGUGUUUGUUCCAAAGGUCCCGGCUACAGACAGGAAUGCCCUGAACUCCCUGUGGGGCAAGCUGGCCUCUGAGAUCCUGAUGCAGAACUGGGAGGCUGCCAUGGAGGACCUCACCCGCCUGAGGGAGACUAUUGAUAACAACACUGUCACCUCCCCGCUCCAGGCCCUCCAGCAGAGGACAUGGCUCAUUCACUGGUCCCUCUUCGUCUUCUUCAACCACCCCAAGGGCAGAGACAAUAUCAUUGAGCUCUUUCUGUAUCAGCCACAGUACCUCAAUGCUAUCCAGACUAUGUGCCCACACAUCCUGCGUUACCUGACCACAGCCAUCAUCACAAACAAGGAUGUCCGCAAGCGUCGGCAGGUCCUGAAGGAUUUGGUGAAGGUCAUUCAGCAGGAGUCGUACACCUACAAGGAUCCUAUUACAGAGUUUGUGGAGUGCCUGUACGUAAACUUUGACUUUGACAGUGCCCAGAAAAAACUCAGGGAGUGCGAGUCGGUCCUUGUGAAUGACUUCUUCCUGGUUGCUUGUUUGGAGGACUUCAUUGAGAAUGCCCGUCUCUUCAUCUUCGAGACCUUCUGCAGAAUCCACCAGUGCAUUAGCAUCAA